AUGUCCGACUCCGGCGAGGAGGAGGUUCGCCUGCUGUGUGGGGCGGAAGUUGAGUCAGAGGACGAUGAGGAGCUGGUGCUAGAGGGAUACAGAGAUGGGAUGCUGACCGAGUAUGUGAACGGCAGGGGUGAUACAGUGAAUUGCAUCAACUCCAUCAAGGUUUACACGGCCAUGAGCACGCACAAUUUGUGGAAGGUCGAUGACCAGCUGGAGGAGUUUCACGUCUCCUUUGUUUUGAGGUUGAAGUGGAAGGAUCCGAACUUGAAGUAUUUCAGAGCCAAGCUCACUCUGCAGACGCCGGCGCCACAUCAACCUGUGCAGGUUCAUUCCGAUGUACGAGAACUGGAAGUCAUCGUUAUCCGGAAACAUCUGAACGGGGACUUAGAGUACAUCGAGGUAGGUCAGGGCGACUUCUACCACACGAUCCGGUAUGAGGACUACAUGUCCCUGAGUGCUCCAGACUGGCAGCACUACUUCUUCCCGAAGCACAGCUUUACGAACAUGCGGCCGGAAGAGAAGCUGGUCUUCGAACAAAAGGAAAUCCUGUGGUCUGAUGAGACGGGCGGGUUCGUAGAAUACAAAGUGAAGUAUGAUGCGAGAUUUUCAGAGACCUUGGAACUUCGAAGCUUCCCGCUUGACCGGCAAAUCUGCAGGAUCAAGUGCUCGGCCGAACUUCCAGCGGAAAAGUUCCAGUUCGUCCCAGAAGCCGGCAGCUCAUGGGAAGGAAUCACCACAUGCGACAUGUGGUGCCCGGGAAGCGAUCUGCCAGGCGGGAAGAAGGUGAGCUUGCUCUACGUUCGCUACUGCGACAAGCACUAUGCAUACCCUAUACAAAGAUCCUGUGCCACCAUUCUGAUCCAUUUGGACCGUGAUGGAUCCUACUACUUCCAUAGUGUGCUGCUCAUGGUCUUCAUGGUGAACCUCGUCAGCCUGUGCGGCUUGCGCAUCUCGCUGAGCCACCUAAGCGGCCGCCUGGGCCACCUCAUCACUUGCUUCCUGGCUGUUUUGGCGUAUCGCUACGUCAUCGACGAUAAGCUUCCACAAAAGCAGUACAUGACUGCGGCCGACUGGUACAUACUCUCAGCUUGUGUCUUUCUUGUGCUGCUCUGCAUUGAGACAGUCGUUCUGUCGGCUUGCGGCAGGGAGGGCGUCCUGACUUGGUGCAAGACCUCGGAUCAAGACAUGUUGGAUCGAUAUACCGGUUUCGGUGCGGCAGCGGCAUGGAUCCUGGGCAAUGCCAUGCUAUACUUUUUGUGGAAAUGCGGGUGUCGGUCGAGCUGGAGCAGCGUCUAUGCCGAUAACGAAGAACCGUACUUCCGUGUCUGCGAAUGCCCAGAAUGUAAGCAUCGUUGGCUCCGCAAGCAGUUUGGAAACAACGAUGGGAAGUGCAAGGAACCAGCACACGCGCAUGUCACCCCGCGAUUGCUUUACCACACGCCUCUAGACCACGAUCCGGUGGUGCAGCCACAGCCGCUCCCAGAGAUUCCACAACACGUUAAGGGAGUAAGCUCAACUGGAUCGCAGAGCUUGCGCCACAGCGAAACGAAUAAAAGCAAAAUCUGUAGAGCUGAGGCAGAAAGCUUUCCCAGGCUGCCGCAUGCUCGGGCACCUUCGCUUACCGAAGGACAGUAUUGGGAACGCUCUGCUAGUAAGCCGACCCCAACUCGCUAG